AUGUCUAACAGUGAAAAUAGCAGCUCCUCUGGCUUCUUCUCAGAUGAUGAAGAUGCGUACAGACGGGACUACCAGUUAGAAAGAGAAUAUCAAGCAGAUGAUUUAGCCAGAGGAGGGCUUAAGCUUGACACUGUCGGAUCUGAGAAAAGGCCAGAGCCAGAGGAGAAGCAACCGGAGGUAGUUCGCCAAACAAAUCAGGCAUUUCUGCACUCAUCUAAGUUCACGGGUGUUAGUGGAAUGAUCAACGAUAACGUUGUUCGAUCUUUGGAUGAAUCAUUGAAAGAUAUUCUAAAGAAAGUUGACUCUGGCCCAGAACAGCCACUACCCAACGGGAGAUUUAGCCGACUCGGCCGAGGGCGGGCCCCAGCCAAUGACCAAACUUCAAUGGCAGAUAGAAUAUUAACAAACGUCCAGAGAACUACUGCAUAUGCUGCGACACAGUUGAAACCAAUUGUGCUACCACGUGCUGGGAAGAUAGCUACUAAUACUACGUCAGAAGCUAAAUACGCGCCCAACGUUGAUCACUCUCCGCCCGUUGCUUCCCCUGCUACUUCUACAGCCACUUUAUCUUCUCUCUCCAAUGAGCAGCAGAAAUUAUCAAAUAAUAUAGCCGUGACAGAGACUGCACAUGCCUUUAAGCAUGAUCAUUCUGAUCUCAAGGGUGCGCUCACAGAGAAUACCGAACCAACAGGCACAAGCAAUUAUCAUAACUUUGAUAGUACCGAGGAGGCAGGCCUUCUUAUCACAGAGCUGACCAUGGAUCCCCUUGGAUUUGAGGCAGAGCAGGAGGACUCAUGCCCACAGUCUUGUCAGCUCAAUGAGAUGCAAUUCAAAACCUUAGUGGACACAGACCCAUACUCCUUGUCAGUGGAAAAAGAUAUCCAUCCUCUUUCUGAUAAAAUGGUGCGAAAUAACACCCUCUUGAUGUUCUGUUACAAUAUCGAGUUGAUGCCCCAGGCCGAUGAUAUUGCGCUACUAUGGGGGAAGGUGCUAACCACUCCAGAAGACGGUAAAAAGUUUAAUGCCACUAACCCCUAUGUCAAUCGAGCCCAGAGCGCUUGUGUAGUUGUUAAGGGUCUGCGGCGCAUCUUUUAUAUUCUUCCCCAUGGUCCUAUUGAGAAUUGCGAUACAAAGACUAUGACCUCAGAUGAAAUUAAUGCUCUAUUUGAGCGAGUCUAUGCUAAAGUACCAGAUCCCACGUAUAAUGACGAGAUAGAUUACAUGUGCUUAGAUCAACCCAUCCUCCCGGAUGACACACAGCGUCACCAGGCGGAUCUUGUCAACAUAAGCGUCUUUCUAAAACUGAAAGCGGAUAUCCUUGAAGUACUGCAGAAACAUGGCAUUAAUUCCAGUACGGUUACCGUAAGGCCUGUGUGGAGGCGCUAUGUGUUCAACGAGCGCACUCUUCCUAGACACCCUAGGGUUUGGAUCGAAGUGACUUAUCCCGCCAACAAACCCCCAGUGAGCCCGAUGUUCUUUGGACCACAGGUACUUGGUGUUCGGAAGGAUGUAGGUGAUGCGGCCGCUGCCAAUUUGCAGUUCGAUAUCGGUGUAGAAGCAGUUGUCGGGCACACCAUCUCUCCACUAGAGUACUGGUUGGCUAAGACACGCAUUUCAGGACCAAUGUGGCUCCAUGUCACUCAGAUAGACUGGGACUUCUACAAAGCUCGUACUCAAGCAAUCUCGGCACUUAUUAAGCAGCAUCCGAAGCUCACCCUCCCUCAAGCUAUAUCCCUAUAUUCAGAUAGUAGGAGUUGCACGCUGGUCUAUCACGAAUUCCAUACGAGCCUACAGCAAUCUCAAUCUGAUUCUGUUAUACGGCCUAUCUACAAGUUUGGCACCAAAAAGGAUCAGAAUACGACACCGCUACCGCUGUUAUCUGUGUGUACGGUGCAGGUGCGCUACAUUCCAGAGGCUAGUCGAGUGCAGCCCUCCUCAAAAACAGGAAAGAACAUAGCACCCGUAGUCAAAAAUGUUGCCACGACGAUCACAGUCACGUACCAUCCAGGGUAUUCUGCAGAGGGGGCCAGUUUCCAGACGGAGCUCCUUACACAGACGCAUAUCCUGGCGCGGAAGCUUGUCCACAUAAACAUGCCGUCCGACAGCAGCCACAUUGUCCCACUAUCUAAACUAAGUUACGAUUCACUUAACAAGGAACCCCUAAGCGACUCUGCGACGAUCAGCAUACGCAUAAAGUUGGUAGACAAAGAGCUCCAGCUUUACGAGGAGCUUUCUAAGGUUUUGAUGCAUUUUAAUCCGGAUAUCAUAAUGGGCCACAACAUUUACUUUCACCUUUACAACACCAUGUGGCACUCUCGGUCGUGCCUUACAACGGACUCCUUUAAAAACACAAUCCUAGCUGGGCUUUCACGGCUCAAUCCCAGAAUUUUACGGAUUGAAAAUUUAUUCAAGACGUUUCAGGCAGCUCGGAGCAGCUGGCAUGUGAUGAACACUAUCCAUGGACGCUUACUUAUGGACUUAGAGAGGGGCAUCAGUGAGUUCUCUACUGACACUAAGCUUACAACAAUCGACUAUGCAGCAUCGUCUCUUCUUAAGAGGGACCUUACGUUAACGCCUCCUUCCCAUUUAGGGUCAAAGCUUAAAGCCGGGGCGCAAUUCAAAACCCAGGUGAUACCAGAAUUGAUUGCUGAAAUCCUAGCUCUCAUCGGAAUUGCAAAUGCGCUAAAUUAUAUUCCACUUACCUGCCGAAUCUCUCAGCUAACUGCUCUGCCUUGGCAGCUUGUGUGUUCAAUUGGCCGUGCCAGACGAGCAGAGAGCCUUAUAUUGUAUAACUUCUUUGUAAUGCCGUACAUACUUCCUGACACGGAGUAUAAGACACAUGAGCAAAGUGCUAAAAGUCACGACGAGUUCAGGCCAAAGGAUGAUACAGCCGCUGAUGCAACUGAGGAAGCUCGGCAUGGGGCUGGGUAUGAGGGUGGCUAUGUUAUGGAUCCUGUAGCAGGAUUUCAUGAUAAAAUAGUAAUAGUAUUGGAUUUUAAUAGUCUCUAUCCAAAUAUCAUUCGUGAGUACAGUCUAUGCUUUACAACCCUAGAUCCUCAAAACUACGUCACUUGGCCCGAUCCCACCAAUACUACCGACGACCCAUCGGGUUUAAUCCACUUACACGCAGAUCCACAGGAUACCUGGAACCAGACGAUAGAGGAAGAGGUUCGUGCCUCUAAGCAAAUUAGUCACACAGUUAUUCUGCCGAAGAUUAUUGCACGGCUUAUCACACAGAGACAGGCCAUAAAGAGAAAAAUCAAGGACCUCGAAGCCAUGCAAGUUAAGGAUGAUAAGACAAUCAGCCAACGCCUGAAGAUGUUGGAGAUUUCACAGCUUGCUAUCAAGCUGUGCGCCAAUGCCAUGUAUGGCUCUCUAGGUUAUCAGUACGGACGAUUCUAUUGUCCUCACGUAGCAGCUCGCAUUCCGGCCAGAGGCAGGCUGGAAUUGACUCGAGCCAGCAACAUAGCAAAGCAGCAAGGAUAUCAAGUCAUUUAUGGAGACACAGAUUCCAUCAUGAUCAAAACAAAUAUUGAAUACAACAAAUCAGAGAAACACAAAAUUAUGGCUCAAGUCAAGGCAAUAGCCACAACUAUCAGCAGUAGAGUGGGAGAAGAUCGGAAGUACCUUCAGCUAGGCCUAGAUUAUAUCUUUAUAAAAUAUCUACUUCUUCAGAAGAAAAAGUACGCUGCAACGCGCCUGUUUCCAGACUUCUCUGUUGCACUGGAGUACAAGGGGCUAGACCUUGUCCGCAGAGAUUGGUGUCCUAUUUCCAGAACUAUCUCCAAGCGGGCCCUGGAAAUCAUAAUGGGCUAUCCUCAAAAUGUGAUUGCCAGCAACCUACUCAAUAUGCUUGUAGCCUCCUACAAAGAUAUAUUAGCCUCCCGCACACCUGCUCGCGAGCUCAAAUACGCCCAGCAGUUCAAAAUGACCAAAUCUCUGACCAAGCAACUCCACCAGUACUCUGCCACUGCCGUUACUCAGUUGCCGCACGUCUUUGUGGCAAGGGAACUACAACGGGUUGGUAAGCCUGUUAGAAUAGGGGAUAUUAUUGAAUACCUUGUCCUAAGCAAUAAGGGUAUCUCGGCAUUGCAGGUAGCAAUGGGUAAGGAUAGUAAGCAGGCUGCCUUUAACGAUGCCCCAGAUCUGAAGCAGGCCUCUGUAAGUUCCAGUGGAGAUAUCGCACGCAGAUCCAUACCAUUUGAAUACUACUCUCAGUAUCUUUCAGGCUGUCCACUUGUUAAUGUCCUGGACAUUGAGUGGUACAUCAAGAGCCAAAUAAUUCCCCCAUUACAGCGUGUAUGUAGCUAUGUACCCGAUCUCUCCGCAGGCCAGCUUGCUGAGUGCUUUGGACUAGACUCUCGGGACUAUAUUGCAGAUACUGUAUCUGAAGAGCAACUCACUGGCUUCAAUAGGCAAGAGUACAGUAUUGAAGUGCGGCGUCGGUAUGGAUCCUGCUGCUGCUUCAUAUACCAUUGUGCCUGCGGAAACCCGAAAUCUGUUACUGCAUGGCCUCCGCCGCUCAGAGACUAUCGCUCAUCUGAAGAAGUUAUAGUUACGCCACACCCAGACCUUGAAACACCGUCAAACGCAUUCAGAAAGGAAAAGGCGAUCCAGGGUGACGAGCCUCUUCUUUCCCCACUGGACUUCGAUGUCCUACGCUGUGGAUGCCGCCUAAAUUUGGGCUGUUUUGUGUCAUCGCUCCAUAAGCAGCUCGCACAGAUGUUUAGGCUUUAUGAAGCACAGCUUUCGUACUGUGUGCAUCAAACGUGUCCCUUGUACCUUACGGAAGAAGUACGGAGAAAGAUUUAUCCGGGAUGCUACACAAGCCAGCUAGACGCUUACAAUAUACAGUAUAAGAAAUAUGCGAUCGCCACCCUUUCUGGCAAAGACUGCGGAGUCCCUGGCUGUGGCGGGAUGCUAGUUCCUGUCUUCACGUCCUCCAUGCUACGUGACCAGUUACUUUUCUUUUCUCUUCUCUUUGAUCUAACGUCAGUUCUCUAUACUGUGCCAGACAAAGCGGUACCUUUUCAGAGUGACCCUGGGGAUAGACUGCGAACGAUAUUCAACGAGGGCGCCCGAUUAAUUAAUAGCUACAUAGAGAAGAACGAUUAUAUAAAUAUCGAUCUUGCAGACCAUAUUGAGUCCAUCUUCGCGGCCUUGGCGGGCCCGCAAAGAGUGUCAACGCAGUGA